CUCUCUUCAUCUCCCCGGCUGCGCGCACACUCUCCACGCCGCCAACAGGGAUGCAUCGAGGGCGAAGCGCAGCCUGAAAAAUGGCCCCGACUCCGCGCGUCUUGUGGAUCUAUCCUUCCCUUUUCCUGCUCACCUCCUCGGUGGUUUUUCACGUGUUGUUGCCGUGUGGAGCCUUAAGGAAUUAUCCAGAUAAUGAAGUGACGUUGCUGGACUCCAUGUCAGCCUUGGCCGACCUGGGCUGGGAGGCUUAUCCUAAUGAGGGGUGGGAGGAGAUCAGCGUGAUGGACGAGCGCAACACGCCCAUGCGGACGUACCAGGUGUGUAAUGUCAUGCAGGCCAAUCAGAACAACUGGCUGCGGACACGCCACAUCAGCCGGGAAGGAGCGCAGCGGGUUUACAUCGAGAUCAAAUUUACCCUGCGCGACUGUAACAGCCUCCCGGGGGUCCCUGGCACCUGCAAAGAGACAUUCAACAUGUACUACUACGAGUCUAACAACGCCAACUUGUGGUUCAUCAAGGAAGGCCAGUACGUCAAGAUCGAUACGAUCGCUGCAGAUGAAAGCUUUACACAGGUGGACGUUGGCGACCGCGUGAUGAAGCUCAAUACGGAAGUGCGCGACAUCAGCAAUCUCAGCAAAAAAGGCUUCUACUUGGCCUUCCAGGACCUGGGCGCUUGCAUCGCUCUGGUUUCGGUGCGGGUCUUCUACAAGAAGUGUCCGCUCACUGUGCUUAAUUUGGCCCAGUUCCCUGACACGAUAACAGGGGGGGACACGGCCCUGGUGGAGGUGCACGGAGCUUGCGUGAACGCCUCCGAGGAAUUUGAGGUUCCCAAGAUGUACUGCAGCGCAGACGGCGGCUGGCUGGUUCCAAUCGGGAGGUGUGUGUGCAAACCGGGCUUCGAGGAGAACAAGGACAUCUGCCAACCGUGCAGACUCGGGACCUACAAGGCCUCGGCCACUGACGCCUACUGCAACAAAUGUCCUCCUCACAGCUCGUCCCCGCAGGAGAAAGCCACGGAGUGCAUUUGCGAGAAAGGCUUUUACCGAGCCGACAGCGAUCCACGCUCGAUGGCGUGCACACGUCCCCCAUCUGGUCCGGAAAACCCGAUCUCUACGGUGAACGAGACCUGCGUGACUUUGGAGUGGUCGUCCCCCAGAGACACGGGAGGACGGGGGGACAUCACUUACAGCCUUCACUGCAGAAAGUGCUCCGGCGAGGGCAAACAGUGCGCGCCCUGUGGAAGCGCCGUCCACUUUGUGCCGCGGCAAUUUGGCCUCACAUCGGCCACGGUCGCCAUCACCGACCUGCAACCGGAUUCAAACUACAGUUUCAUCAUCGAGAGCCAGAACGGCGUGUCGGACUUAAGUCCGACCCCGAAGGGAAGAGCCGUGAUUAAUAUUACCACGUCGCAAACAGUGAGCGUUGUGUUGAAGGAGAGGCGCAGCAAGGACAGCGUGACAUUGGCCUGGCAAGGCCCACAGAGACCCAAAGGUGUGAUCGUGGAGUAUGAGGUCAUCUACUACGAGAAGAACCAGCGGGAGCAAAACUACACCGUUUUGAAAACUCGCUCCACCAUGAUGACAGUGGACGGGUUGAAACCGGGCACCACCUACGUGUUCCGGGUCAGGGCUCGAACCGCCGGCGGCUACGGGAGCUACGGCGGAGAGAUUGAACUGGAAACCAGCCACGAAGACGUCUUUGCAAUCGGAGACCCGAACCAGACCACCAUUCUGGCCGUAUCGGUGGCGGGCGGCGUCGUUCUCCUCAUCUUCUUGGUGAUGUGCUUCGUUGUUAGCGGAAGGCACUGUGGAUAUAUCAAAGCCAAGCAGGACCCUGAUGAAGAGAAGAUGCAGUUCCAGCAUGGCCGAGUCAAGCUUCCCGGCAGUCGGACCUACAUCCAUCCUCACACCUAUGAAGACCCCAACCAGGCUGUCAGGGACUUCGCCAAAGAGAUCGAUGCGACCAAUAUUCGCAUCGAGAGAGUUAUUGGAGCCGGGGAGUUUGGGGAAGUGUGCAGCGGGCGGUUGCGUGUGCAAGGCAAACGUGAAAUCUACGUGGCAAUCAAGAGUCUGAAGGCGGGCUAUUCGGACAAACAGAGGCGGGACUUCCUGUCAGAGGCCUCCAUCAUGGGACAAUUCGACCACCCGAACAUCAUCAGGCUGGAAGGAGUCGUCACAAAAUGUAAGCCGGUGAUGAUCAUAACAGAAUUCAUGGAGAAUGGAUCGCUGGACACCUUCCUCAAGAAACACGACGGCCAGUUCACGGUAAUCCAGCUGGUGGGCAUGCUGCGUGGCAUCGCCUCAGGCAUGAAGUACCUGUCAGACAUGAGCUAUGUUCACCGAGAUCUCGCGGCACGAAACAUCCUGGUCAACAGCAACCUGGUGUGUAAGGUGUCUGACUUUGGCCUAAGUCGGGUUCUGGAGGACGACCCGGAGGCUGCGUACACCACAAGGGGAGGGAAGAUCCCCAUCAGGUGGACGGCUCCGGAGGCCAUCGCCUACAGGAAGUUUACCUCUGCCAGUGACGUGUGGAGUUACGGAAUCGUCAUGUGGGAAGUGAUUUCGUACGGCGAGAGGCCCUACUGGGAGAUGUCCAACCAGGAUGUCAUAAAAGCAAUCGACGAGGGCUACCGUCUUCCUGCGCCCAUGGACUGUCCGGUGGUGUUGCACCAGCUCAUGUUAGACUGCUGGGAGAAGGGACGCAGCGAGCGACCCAAGUUUGGACAGAUCGUCACAAUCCUGGACAAGCUCAUCAGAAACCCCGCCAGCCUCAGAGAGCUGGCCAACAGCCCCGCAGGGGAGGAGCCCACCACUCCAGAUUUCAGUGUCGGCACUGUGGAUGAGUGGUUGGAGGCCAUCAAGAUGGGCCAGUAUAAGGAGAACUUUUCCAGCUCCGGAUAUGUCAGCUUAGACUCAAUCCUGUACAUCAGUGUCAGUGAAUUGGCCAAAACCCCCCCCCCCCCCGCCCCUCCUACGAAAGGGAGAGACGUCAACGGACACUCCAUUGGUUUUAACAGUCACUGA